AUGCCGUCGCUGCCGCAUCGCCCAGUGCUGGCUCCCCGUGACGGCAUAUCUAGCUUUGUGUCUGUCCAAAGCUCGGAUUCCUAUUACAGCGACCAUGAAAUCGCCAUACUACACAAUGUCGUCACGGCAGCCCAGGAGAAUCUCGAACUCCUCCCCGAGGGAGAGCGAUUGGCAACGAAUGCCUUAUUCCAGGCCUAUGACGCCGUACUUCCGCUUUUCGGCAUUGAUCCGGAAGAAGAUCAUCACAUCUCGCGCCUCGUAUUCCGGAUCGGUGGCGAACGCGGCGAAGGGUCACUUGUGGAAAAGCUUCGCGCCGUCUUGUCAAGGAUGGGCAUCGGGCUGGAAUUCGAUAGUCGAAGUGACGGUUCCAGGGUUUUAUCAGACAACAGCGCCGGCGACGAAAACGGAGACGGAGACGGACCCGAAUCUGAGGACGCUUCUCCGCCGCAGCCUGCGCUUACGGAGACCGACCGGAACUCUGACACAACUGGGGAGGAGUCUUCCCAGGAAGUCGACUUUGCACCGCGAGAUCAACACCGGUCUCUGCCAUUUUCGGAGGCGCAAGCAUCACAUCGCUUGGACGAUGCCGAAUCUCCCCCAAGGCUAACGCGCGUGGGCUUGGUUUCGAACCAGGUGGAUCUGAAGCCUAUCCACCAUACCAAACCAACAUACCCAAGUUAUACAACCCCGACGGCUGGAAACACAGAACAAAGUCGCCAAAGCCGGCAAUACAUAUCUAGCACCACUGUGCAACAUGGCGCCAGCGACACCACAGUUCAACCCAAUGAGCCUUCUCAUACCCAUCCUGCGAAUGAGACCGAGGCGACCUCCCUGCCUGUCCGUACAAAGCCUGUGCGAACGGUGAAUUGGCUGCUUCCGCCCGACACUGCCAGUGUUACUGCUAGCACUAGUGCCACUGCCGCUGCCCCGGAGCCGGUACCAAAUGGAGGCAGGCUUCCCGAGAUUGCGGAAGACCCUGUUUCCCAUGAGACUGAGAUACAGGGCCUAUGUGAACAUGAGCCAAGUGUGCAAAGGCCCUUGGUGCCUAUGCCUCUUGUACAUGGAUCUACGGUGCAGGAGCGUCCCACCCAUCAAUCAGUUAAACAACAGCAACCAGCCGAGAAACCCUCUGAAGACGGAAUUGAGCAUGCUGAAGCAGAGCGACUGGCCGACGACGACGAUAACGCUGAAGACCCCGAUGAAGAAGCAAGAUAUGCGGUGUUGGAGUGGAAAUCGACGAAGGUGAAGGGGUACUUAUUACUUCUUCGAGGAUUGUCACACUGGAAACAACACGCUCUCGACAAACUCGAACGAAUGGCUGUGGCCAGGAGACACAUCUUGCGUAUGCGUCACUUCGACCCGUGGGAGCUGGCGACCGCCGAAACUAGGAUACGGGGUCGCCGCGUAUUUACUUCACGUCUGAUGGCUUCGUGGCUCAGACGCGCCGGUGAUGACUUUGGCACGGAAGACGCCGCCUUGACUCAUGCCCAACGAAACAUUGUCCACAACGCCCUUACACAGUGGUCAGCCUCCUGCAUAGCUCCCACGGAGCCUCAACAUCCGCCUCGAACUCUGUGCAUUUAUCUGCGACAAUGGCGUUCAGCUUGCUCAAUUUCACAGGGACUAAGAUCACAUGUGGAAGAUCUUUAUAGAGAACAUGAAAGAUUUCGGGUAUUGAAGACUUGGCAUGGCCAAGCAGCGUCUCACCAUAAGGAUGUUGCGGCAUUUCGCAAAUACCAUGUUGUUCAGGACCCUUUGAACCAGUGGCAUCUUGAGGCUAGGGUGGAGUUCUUCAAGUCCAAGAUGGACAUCAAGCUUGUUCGCAGCUGCUUAUCGAGAUGGCAAAGCGCGUGCAGAGCGCCACCGUCGCUUGGCCAGGCCAACGCCUUUGGCCGCGGAAGUGCUAUAGAGUCUGGGACUAGUGUGGCUUUGCCCAAACAGCGGCGAGGCGCUGGUUCCCUCAUGGCAAUAUCGGAUCGCCUGCUGAAGACCAAAGUUCUUGGCAAUUGGCAACGACAAGCUUCGGUAGUCGCCAAUGCGAGCACGAGAUCACUUCGGUUUGCAGCGCAUCAAGGGGCGCAUAAGGCGUUGGAGAUGUGGCAUAUCGACGUCAGCGAGAAAAGAAGCUUUCACAAGUGGGCGCAGCGCGGUUGUUUCUAUGUUAGUGCCACACAUGCACUCAAGACAUGGCGAUCCAGAUCAACGUGGAGGUCAGUCACUCGAAAAUCCUACGCACGAUGCAGACAGCAUGUCAAGGCUACCUUUACGAAAGGAUAUCUCAAUCUCUGGAAGACUGCUACUCGAGCCCACGGAAACUUGGGCUGGAAGGCGGGCCAGCACCACGUUGUGGUGCAACAUGACCGUCUCGUGCAUAUGUUGAAUCUAUGGCGAGAUGAGAGUAAUCACGACUGGGGCACAGGUAAGCUGUUGGCCGCCGCAUGGGUGGACGAAUGGCACAACAUGUCCCAAGACCUCGCAGGCAAAGAGGACCUCGUAAAUCAGGCUUGGUCAGUGAACCUGAAGUCACGUUGGUGGAGUCAGUGGCAAUCAUCGUUGCUGCAAUUAAAGAGCAGAGAAUAUGUGGCACUGGACGUCAGGGAGAGGAACAGCAAGAGAACUGUACGACGCCUUCUGCUACACUGGAAAGGGGAUAGAAAUUUGAGCACAUCUCACCAUUCAACCACGCUCAGAGCUAGUCUCGGCAGCUCAAGGAGAGGCGCUGGUUUCGUGGCCAGCCGCACUUCACUGCCACUUUCGAGGGCAGUUCAUGAACGAGCCAGCGGGCCGAUCAGGGGUUCUAGAAUACAGGAAGUCGAGCCAACGGCCGACGAGGAAGAUCACGACGGAGCCGGGUCUGGACCCGAUGCUGAUGUAGUUGUGGCGAACACGCCAACCCGAUGGACGGGCAUGGCGUCCUCCGUGAGGCUUCCGUCCAUGACACCGUUUGCUCCCCUGCCAACGCCGUUCGAGCGAGAGCUCCGCGAACGUUACAACAGGAGUAUGCCUACAGCUGCCACUGGUCAGUUGAGCAGCCUCUCCUUCGCACAGGCGCAAAGGCUCUCUAUGGCUGGCACACGGCCAGCAGCCAAUGAGAAUACAGCCGAUAUUGGCAGAGGUGGUUGA